UGACUAUUCUAACAACCUAAAAAGUCAAACUUCAGGUUGAUCACUUCCGGCGAACUGUCGACGCAAAUUCGACUUGACAUCAUUCUUUGCAACGCGUGUUCAACAUGGCCUUCGAAAGGUUUGUGGAAACCGGUAGAGUGGCCGUAGUCUCCGACGGCCCCAACAAAGGAAAACUCGUCAGCAUUGUGGAUGUUAUUGACCAAACCAGGGUGUUAAUCGAUGGUCCUGAAACCAAUGUUCCCAGAUCACAGAUCAGGUUAAACCAACUACAUUUAACUAAAUUCAGGAUCAAGUAUCCCUUCACAGCGUCGACAAGAGUCGUGAGGAAAGCAUGGAAAGAGGGUGAGGUUGUCGAGAAGUUCUCGAAAACUGUUUGGGCUCAGAAAAUGGCUGCUAAGGAAAAGAGGGCUACCUUAACCGAUUUCGAUCGGUUCAAGCUCAGGAGAGCAAGAAGUCGCAGGAACAAAAUAAGAACCUAUACGUUCUUUGCUCUGAAGAAAGCGGCGUCCCGAAACGGGACGUUAUUUGGCAAAAAGAAGAUGGCCAAGGGUGGUGACAAACCAAACCCCAAAAAGGUAAAAGUGGUGAAGCCUAAAAAAGCUGUAAAAUAAUGGGCUUUUUGAGGUGUUGACUAAUUUUUUGUUUUGUGGUAAUAAAAAAUUAGCCAAAAA